AUAGGAGUGAUAAAUAGAUAUAUCUAUAAAUAGGUUUUUGGAAUAUUUAGGUCAUCAACUGAUCAUUCUAGGAUACAUGUACAACAAUAACAUACCAUGAUAACCGACUGUGUACUACAAAAUGAUAAAUAAAAAACCCCGAAGAGCGCGAUUUAUUGACGAAAAAGGUUAUUUAUUUCAUUUGAAAAUGUUUGCAUUGCGAAAAUUCAUUGUAACAUAUCGCGACAUUUCAUUCUUAAUUAAUAAUCAAGCACCCUCAUACCGAUCGGAAUUUUCGGCUUUUAUUAUGACCGACUAAAAGGCUCGAGAAGUUGCUGUCGCCCUUUCACAAAAUCUGAUUUCAUUCCAUAAGAGCGCCGCGCUUCGGCGCGGACGCCAAUAAUGAUUCAAUGACCCUUCCGUAGUAUAUAUCUCCAAGAUUACUAUAUAAGGGAAGUAAUCGGUGUAAGCUUCUUGCCGCUGUAAUGUCACAGUAUACUACCCUGAAUAUCUUAUGAUACGAUGGAUGUAUUAACUUGGGGAUUCGGUAAUUGUGGUCAGCUCGGGAACGGACAGACAGACACACAGCACAUACCUGUACGUACAAAAUUACCUGUGAAUACUGAAGCAUGCUAUAUUCACUGCGGUGGAUACUAUACUGCGGUAAUUAACAAAAACGGACGCCUGUUUACCUUUGGUUGUGUGUGGGAAGUAUGGACGACUGGGUACAGGAAAAGAAGAAGAUAGGACAGAACCUGUAGAAAUAUUAGUGAAAGACAAGGCCGAGAAGAGUGUCAUCUUCCGGAUGGUUUCAUGUGGUAUCUGGCACGGUGCAGCAGUGUCGGCAGGCAACAAUGUAUUUGUCUGGGGAUACAAUAAAUCACAUGGUGUUCUUGGAGAUCAAUCUUUCCCACCAUUAGCCCCACCUCUGAUGCUAAACGGACCGUUCAGUACCAAGGUAUCGGGAGUAUCUUGUGGCAACAAUUUCACUCUCUUAUGGACUGAUGAUGGUGAAGCGUAUAGUUGGGGUUGCGGCCGGCAUUGUGUUUUGGGACACGAAGACAACAACGAUAAAAGUACACCGAGCGUAAUUCCUUAUUUUAAAAAUGGAAAUGUGAAGAUCAAACAUAUGAGUGCAGGAUUUGCUCACAGUGGAGCAGUUGAUAAUGAUGGACAACUUUACAUGUUUGGCAAAGGCGAGGAUGGCGCCUUAGGUAUAGGGCCUAACCCAAGUAAACAGGUGAACACGCCCACUUUAGUUGACGUCAUGCAAGACGCUCAUAUAGAGGAGGUGAGUUGUAACGUCGGUGAAAAACAUGGACACACCUUAUGUGUGUCGAAGCAAGGUCAAGUUUUCGCGUUUGGAGACGGCUAUAAGGGUAAAUUGGGACUUGGUGACCAGAAUUCUCGAUGGGUUCCUACACAAAUACCACAAGAAAAUUUCAAUGGUGAACAUAUACAACACGUGUCUGCAGGAGGUAUCCACAGUGCAGCAGUGAGCGCAGAAGGUCACGUGUUCACAUGGGGAUGUGGCAGCGAUGGUCGUUUAGGUCACCCAGAGGGUAAAGGACAUCGGUACUUAUUUAGAAGUGAUAUACCUAAGGUGGUUGAGGGAUUGAGUAGGAUUGGCAAAGCUGUGAACGUAAGCUGCUCUUACUACCACACGGCUGCGUUAGUGGAAAAACAAAAGAAAGCGACUUAAAAUAGUAAAUACUCGGUUUUUAAUUCUGUGCGGAGAUAUUGUAUGUUUCUGAUACUAGUGCUUUACAUACUUGUACCAUCUAAAUAUGUAAUUAGAAGGAAAGAUUGACUGA